CUCUGCCUAUGCCCCCCACCCUGCACCCUGCUCCUGCAGUGGGGUCCCACUCAGCACUUUAUUGGCCACAUCAGGCAGCACCCGUGGGUGAACCCCUGGGUGUGCGGGGUGGGGGGUGGGGGUGCUGGAGGUGGGGGCAUGGGGGCGGAGGGGCUGGGGACCAGUAAGUGCCUUGGUGUGAUUAAAGCUGUCCAACCCUCCUGGAAAAGAGGCUGUGCUGAGCUCUGUGUGUGCACGUGUGUAUGAAAUUGUGUUCUGUGUGUGUGCGUUGCACACACCUCUCUGCUGUAUGAAGAUGUGUGCAAGCCCCAUAUGCACAUGUCCCCAGUGCAGGGACCCCAGCUUGGGGUCUUAUUGGGUUUAGGGGGGACUGUGUGUUCUCCAAUACUCAUGAAGGUGCCAGAGUCCCCAGUGCUGGGGGGCCAUAAGAGGAGGCUGGGUGCUCCCCUAGCACAGCCACUGGUGUCCUCUUUGGCCACAUGCCUCUCCUCCUUAAUGAAGCCUCUGUCCUCCUCCCUGGUAGCUGCGCUAAUUGCUGAGUUCAUUAGCAGCCCCGCGUGGGGCCCGAGGAAGGGGCUCACUGCUGCUGUCCCCUGUGUCACACCAACGGGACACUGGCAGUGAGUGGGGGCUGCUCACCCAGGUAAGGGGGCACUGGUGUGGGGCUGUGCUGUGGGGUGGGAGGGUUUGGGGGCACAGAAGGCGUUGGGAGGCCCAUAUCCUUGGCCUUGGAGUGUCCCUUGUUGGUGGCUGAGCCAUCGCCAUCUCUUUGGUGAUCCCUGGGGCUGCAAGGGCACAGGGUGCCGUUGGUGGCACAGUGCUGGCUCAGCAGGGUGGGGACAAUCACGUUGUGACAAUGCUGUGAUAAGCAUGGGAUAGGUGACGCCUUGGUGCCAGCAUUCCACAGCCCUUCCUGCACCUCCAUGGCCACCCAAAGGCUAUUGGGCAGAAUUGGUGUGGAAAAGGGCAGGGAUGGGAGGGCUGGGGACAGCUUAGCCCCAGGUCACCAAUUGUUGCUGGAGGAGUGUUAGGUCAACCCCAUCCUGGCUGUGCUGGAGAGUCCCCAGUCCCCAAGGUGUCCCCUCUCUGGCCACGUCCUGCUCCAACCCAGGGACCUCUGGCCAUGUCCAACUCAUGGGAACCCCCAGGGCCAGGCUGGUGGCACUUUGGCACACAGCAAGGCCAUGGAGUGAAACAGAAAGUGCAUGGCUACAAGCAGGAUCCUCCCUGUGCCAGCAGUCCCAUGCUCAGGUAGGGCACAUGGGACAGUUGCUCCUUUCUAUGGGGUUGGAGCCACUGGGGGUGGCUACGACAUGGCCCCAUAGGUUUUGGCUGCUUUGGAUCCCCCAUGGUUGGGGUUGGGAGCAUCUCUGCAGCCUGCUCAGUCCCCAUCUCCCACGGGGACAUGGCCACUGGGACCUGCCCCAUCCCCUCCCCAUGCGUGGGUUGGGAUCACGGUGGCUCAAUGCCAUGGGAAGUGGGUGCCACCCAGGUGUCAUUACCCCGAGAGUAACGGGGCUCUGUGGGCUCCUUUGAGGGAUGUGGGGACCUUGACUCGAGGUUCUUCCUGCCCUUAUAUGGUGAACAUGGGCUGGGACAGCUGGGGACAAAGGUCUCCUCUCUGCUGGCACCCCAGCACUUCCCCUAGGUACGCGCACCUUGUGCUCAGCUCUGCGGGGAAGGUGAGGGGAUGGGGAUGGGGGGACAACAAGUCCCAGUGCCGGCGCUGCAGGUGGCACUGGGAUGGGGUGGGAGAAGAGACUUUCUGCUGGGGCACACAGGGGGCUCUGCCUGAUGGGGGCUUGGAGGUGGUGGGAAGCUUGGGAGGAGGACAGACCCCAGCAGUGCUGUGAGCACAGGAUAUGUGGUGUGGGGGUCCUGGAGGCUGCAUGUGUGCUCAGCCGUGGAUGCACAUACACACCCAUGUAGGACUGUGAUGCCCAUGCCAUGAGCAGGGACAAAGGGAGCAGGUCCAUUGAGCUGUCACCCAGGUGUGGCUCUGCAGAGGGAAUGGCUCACACAGCCUGGCCCUGUGCCCAGGCAGCAAGGCAGGAUAUGGGGACAUGUGGACAGCGGGACACCACGGGUACCUUGCUCCCAUGCACACCUGGCAUGGCCCAGGACCCCCCACUCCCCACCUGGAGGGGCAGCACACUGCUCGUGUGCCUGCAGCCCUCGUUUGCCCCUCGUGGCUCCAGGGGGGUUUAUGGACUGGCUGGCUGCAGGACAGAAGAUGGCUGCAGCCCAGCUUUUAAUGAGGCUGCCCGCCGUUAACCCUAACGAGGGUGCUGGUGACAGGUUCCCCCAGCCUGCAGCCAGCACCAUGGUGGAGCUCAGCAAAAAGGUCACCGGGAAGCUGGACAAGACCACGCCGGGCAUCCAGAUAUGGAGAAUCGAGAACAUGGAGAUGGUACCGGUGCCCACUAAAAGCUAUGGCAACUUCUACGAGGGGGAUUGCUACGUGCUGCUGUCGACACGCAAGACUGGGAGCGGCUUCAGCUACAACAUCCACUACUGGCUGGGCAAGGACUCAAGCCAGGACGAGCAGGGAGCGGCCGCCAUCUACACCACGCAGAUGGAUGAUUAUCUGGGCUCUGUGGCAGUGCAGCACCGUGAGGCCCAGGGCCACGAGAGUGAGACGUUCCGGGCAUACUUCAAGCAGGGACUCAUCUAUAAGCAGGGUGGGGUGGCCUCAGGCAUGAAGCACGUGGAGACCAACACCUACAACGUCCAGCGCCUGCUGCACGUGAAGGGCAAGAAGAAUGUGGUGGCUGCAGAGGUGGAGAUGAGCUGGAAAAGCUUCAACCUGGGUGAUGUCUUCCUGCUGGACCUUGGCCAGCUCAUCAUCCAGUGGAAUGGCCCUGAGAGCAAUCGUGCCGAGAGGCUGAGGGCGAUGACCCUGGCUAAGGACAUCCGGGACCGAGAGCGUGCGGGACGUGCAAAGGUUGGCGUGGUGGAUGGAGAAGACGAGGGGGCCUCACCUGGGCUGAUGCAGGCCCUGACACACGUACUGGGUGAGAAGAAGACCAUCAAGGCGGCCACCCCUGAUGACCACGUGCACCAGGCACUCAACAGUGCCCUCAAGCUCUACCACAUCUCUGAUGCCAGCGGGAACCUGGUCAUACAAGAGAUAGCAAUUCGCCCCUUGACUCAAGACAUGCUCCAGCAUGAGGACUGCUACAUCCUUGACCAAGCAGGUCUCAAGAUCUUUGUGUGGAAGGGCAAGAACGCCAACAAGGAGGAGAAGCAGCAGGCAAUGAGCAGGGCCCUGGGCUUCAUCAAAGCCAAGAACUACCCAGCCAGCACCAGCGUGGAGACAGAGAAUGAUGGGUCUGAGUCAGCCGUCUUCAGGCAGCUCUUCCAAAAAUGGACCGUUCCCAGCCAAACCAGUGGGCUGGGCAAGACCCAUACUGUAGGCAAAGUGGCCAAGGUAGAGCAGGUGAAGUUUGAUGCCACCACAAUGCACGUCAAGCCUGAGGUGGCUGCCCAGCAGAAGAUGGUGGAUGAUGGAUCAGGGGAGGCAGAGGUCUGGCGGGUGGAGAACGGGGAGCUGGUGCCCGUGGAGAAGCGGUGGUUGGGCCAUUUCUACGGCGGGGACUGCUACCUGGUGCUCUACACCUAUUACGUGGGGCCCAAGGUGAACCGCAUCAUCUACAUCUGGCAGGGCCGCCAUGCCAGCACUGACGAGCUGGCCGCCUCGGCCUACCAAGCCGUCAUCCUGGACCAGAAGUACAACAACGAGCCUGUGCAGGUGCGCGUCACCAUGGGCAAGGAGCCGGCCCACCUGAUGGCCAUCUUCAAGGGCAAGAUGGUGGUGUAUGAGAAUGGCUCCUCACGGGCAGGCAACACGGAGCCCGCGCCCUCCACUCGGCUCUUCCACGUGCAUGGCACCAACGAGUACAAUACCAAGGCCUUCGAGGUGCCCGUCCGUGCUGCAUCUCUCAACUCCAACGAUGUCUUUGUGCUCAAGACGCCCAGCUGCUGCUACCUCUGGUAUGGAAAGGGCUGCAGCGGGGAUGAGCGUGAGAUGGGCAAGAUGGUGGCUGACAUCAUCUCCAAGACGGAGAAGCCGGUGGUCGCUGAAGGGCAGGAGCCACCUGAGUUCUGGGUAGCCCUGGGUGGCAAGACCAGCUAUGCUAACAGCAAGAGGCUACAGGAGGAGAAUCCCUCUGUGCCCCCCCGGCUCUUUGAAUGUUCCAACAAGACAGGCAAGUUCUUGGCCACCGAGAUUGUCGACUUCACCCAGGAUGACCUGGAGGAGAACGACGUUUACCUGCUGGACACUUGGGACCAGGUUUUCUUCUGGAUCGGGAAAGGUGCUAAUGAGUCGGAGAAGGAGGCUGCGGCAGUGACGGCACAGGAGUACCUGCGGAGCCACCCUGGUGGGCGCGACCUCGACACCCCCAUCAUCGUGGUGAAGCAGGGCUACGAGCCCCCCACCUUCACUGGCUGGUUCAUGGCCUGGGACCCCCUCUGCUGGAGUGACAAGAAAUCCUACGAGGAGAUGAAAGCUGAGCUGGGGGAUGAUGCCAGCAUUGGGAACCUUGUGUCAGGGCUCACUUCCAAGAAUGAGGUCUUCACAGCCACCACUACACUCGUGCCCACCAAGCUGGAGACCUUCCCCCUGGAUGUGCUGGUGAACACCGCGGCCGAGGACCUGCCCCGGGGCGUGGAUCCCAGCAGGAAGGAGAACCACCUGUCUGAUGAGGACUUCAAGGCUGUUUUCGGUAUGACCCGCUCUGCCUUCGGCAACCUGCCCUUGUGGAAACAGCAGAACCUCAAGAAGGAGAAAGGACUCUUCUAGGAGGGCAGGCUCAGCCCACGGCCACCUCAAGCAAGCACAUUAUUUUUAUCGAAUAAAAUGGAAUUGAAGUGGG